GGCAUAACUGGUUGGUUUCAGCGCUUGCUUAUCGUCCUCGCUGCUCUGCGUCGGUGUCGAGAGGACCAACGAUGGCUGCAGCUCUGUCCCGUGCCCUCAAAUUGCCUGGGAAGAAGGGCUCAGAGCUCGGGGAGUACGACCCUCUCACCCAGGCAGACAGUGACGACGAGAGUGAAGAGGAUGACCUCGUGCUCAACUACCCCAGAAACGGCCUGGGCAGGGACGGCUGCCUGGCCCCGGGCUCCUCCAAGACGCGCAACGGGAGGUCGGGAAGGCUCAUCGGCGCCACCGACAGGGCACGGGACGACGACGAGGAGGAAGAAGAAGAAGACGACGACGACCAGUGGACGGCCCAAGUUUCCGGCAAGCCCAGAAGGACUCGGGGCGACCGGAAGGGCGGCCAGUACUGGAGCCGCGGGGAGCUGGGGAACGGGGAGGACCGAGGAGGAGGAGGAGGAGCCGGGCCGUCUGGGGCCGCCGGGCUGGGCUCUCACAUCUCUGAGGCAGAGGAGAAGAGGAGGAGAGCGAAAAAUGUGAUCCGGAGCGCGUUUUUCCUGGUGCCUCUCGUCUGUGUCAUGUUGAUCGUGCUGCUGUGUGCAUUCCUGGUUCCCUGCCAGAAGGCAGAGCUGGAGAAGAAGCUGCAGUGGGAACGAGCGCUGGGAGACGCAGGAGGCGUCACUCCGCCUGCGCUGGCUUUAUGGGACGUUGACGGUGAUUCGGUGGAGGACGUGCUUCUGGGUGUUACUGAAUGGACAAAUGGCACGCAUGCAACACAAAGGAGCAAAGUCUACAGCGCGGUGGCCGUCUGCGCCGUCAGCGGCCGGGUGCUGUGGAGGGAAGUCCUGAACGAGCCGGUCAUGUACCUCCAGUGCGGUCUGCAGCUGAGCACGCAGCCGUCGCCUGUUUGCCUCAUUAUCGGAAAGUCCAACCUCAUGGCGGUCAACGGCGCCACAGGGAGGAAGUUGUGGUCAGUCGCCCUUAGAAACAUUGAAUCCCAGGCUGUGGUGCUUCCUGACCUCCAGGGCGACUCCGUCCCAGAUCUGCUUCUAGCUACUCUACCUGCUGAUGAGAAUCUGGAUUUAUCGCUGACUCUCAUCUCUGGACAGACGGGAAAGAAAAUUGGAGAUCCUGUCCCCUUCAACCUCAGAGGUCAAGGAAAGCUCAUUGGUCCGUUGCUGCACGAGACCCAGCAUGGAGCGUACUACAUCCUGUUUGGACUGGGUAACGUCCAGGCCAUCUCUCUGCAAGACAUCUAUGUUGGUGCGUUGCCCGAAACGCGUUUUGUUUUGAAGAAGGAUUUGCGCUGGGAGAACAUGAAGAACGCCUCUUCCUCCUCCUUUAUCUCCAUUUACAGUGGCUCAGAGCGUGUGGAGUUCCUGCUCCCCCUAGUGGCCGGUUUUGGGAACAACCGCAACAGUCUGGACUCGGUCUCCAGCCUGAACUCGACCAGAAGUGACUGGGUGUUGUUCUAUGGGGCCAGCACGCUGUCCGUGCUCAGACAGCGCGACUUACACAAGCAGUGGACUUUCAGCAACGCUUCGAUUCACAGUGAGCCAGCUUUGGGUCACUUCGACAGCGAUGGAGUUCUGGACCUUUUUGUUCAGCAUUCAGCAAACGGCAUCAUGACGGCGCUGAUCAUYAGCGGGGCGAGCGGGACGCCCCUCUGGAAGGCUGAGUUUGUGUGCCCUCGUCUGGUUUUGGAAGCGUCCGCCAUAUCGACCUCGACCGGCCAAUCGGCCUUCCUGUUCUGGGCCAGCGAGCCAAUCAGAGCACAGAGGAACGUUCCCAGGACGACGAUGGCGCCGGGCGUGGCCGCAGCGGAGCCGCUCAUCAGGAAGCUCUUCCUGCUGCAUCCUGCGCAUCCUGCAGCGCUGCUGCAGCUGAGCAGCACCACGGACACAGCGGUCACAUCUGCGGUGAGCUACCUGGAGUAUCUGAAAGACGCCACYUACAUCACCGUGUCCUCCCGGCCCACGACCGGCUCUGGGACCAGCGCUCAGAUAGUGGAGAGCACCAGCCUCAAAGCCGCCAUCAAGACGGGACAAAUCGUCCAGCUGGGCGAAAACCAGGAAACCGAGGCGGCCGGGAAAGUMACAGUGCACGAGGUGAACGCGUUUUUCAGGCGCCUCUCCUUCAAGCCUCAGUGAUGAAGCUUUGCAUCGUGUGGAGCCACAGAGCCUGAACGUCAUGAGUCGUCAGCACUACUUCUGCACUAAAGGGUCACAAUGCAUUGAAAGCUGUUUACAUUCUGUUAGCUCCAUUAAGAAGUUCWACRUUACUGUGAAUUUUUUUUUUCUGCGUAAAAUGUUUCUUUAUGUUGAUUUAUUUUGUUCUUAUUGCAGAGAUCGCACUAGACUUUUUUGUUCUCCGUCAUUUUGACUGACAGCAUGUUCUAUUUUUAAACGUCAAAUCAUAGUCACAUUAACAUCGGCUAUUUAGCCGCAUUUUUAUGCGGUUUAGUUAAUAUUCACCUAGUURAACYGUGAAUCCAGAUCCCAUCACACAUCAACGCAUCUAACAUUUUCUCCUUGACAAAAACCACCGACUGUGACCCCAAUAACUUAUAAUAAAUUAACCGACUCCACUUAAAUUACCAGCACUUCACCUGCUGGUUUUAAGACCAGCCUCACAAAUUCCUCCUGGUCGCAUCUGCAGAGAAAUCUGCGCUGGUUCAUCGGUCAGUUGGAUCUGUCCGAUUCAAACCGAUCAAUUGAAUUAUUUUUACCAUGUGCGUCCUGGCGUGCGCUUUUACGUGGAUUUUUUUUGUGUGGUUUUGCUUCCCCGAAACCGACAGAUGUUACRUCUGCCGCGCUCCUCCUGAGCACCGUUCUCCUUCUGGUUGCAGGCGGGUAACGUCUUCCAGCUCCAUUUGUUAAAACCGCAGAGUGAGUUAAGUUUAGUUCUUCUCCGCAUUGGUUGUGCAGCACUGCGCUUGUUACGGUCUAAUUAACUUCUGCACCGUUAUUUAUUUCUUCAAGAUAAACUGCCGGCUSCUCUGUUUAGACUAUAAAUGUAUUAACACAACGUUACAUUCUCUUUAGUUUUCUCUGUUCUGUACUGGGGACUUGAAUUAAAAACCAUUUCAACCAAA